UUACAACGAUCGCUUGGAAGUUCAGUCAAUCUAAACGAUACCCACGCGACGAUUGUGUCGUAGAAGUUGUCUUGCCAAAAACAAUUAGAAAAUUUGCUUCGUUGAAUUUGUGGUUUGAAUAUUUGCGAACAUGAAUGGUAUUCAGAGGAACAUUGGGGAUUCCAGGAAGGUUGUAGAAUUCACCAUCAAUGGGCAAACUUACACAGUGACAGAAAAGAUCCCACCUGGAACAUCCUUGAACGUCUUCAUCAGAGAUUAUGCAAAACUACGAGGAACUAAGGCUAUGUGUCAUGAAGGAGGCUGUGGUGCUUGCAUUGUGUCAGUGGAAGUCAAAGGUGAGACAAUGUCUGUGAACUCUUGCUUGGUACCAGUUUUGAUCUGCAAUGGCUGGGCUAUUAAGACGAUUGAAGGUUUGGGUAAUAAGCAAGAAGGCUAUCAUACCCUGCAAGCAGCAUUAGCAGGCAAAAAUGGCUCCCAGUGUGGUUAUUGUUCACCUGGAAUGAUAAUGAACAUGUAUAGUCUACUGCAAAACAAAAAUGGAAAAAAAUUAACAAUGAAACAGAUAGAAAAUUCUUUUGGAAGCAAUAUAUGUCGUUGUACUGGUUAUCGACCAAUUCUGGAUGCAUUCAAGGCAUUUGCGAGCGAUGCUCCAAAAGAACUUGUUAAAGACAUUUAUGACAUUGAAGAAUUGUUCAAAAUAAAAGCCUGCAAGAAAACUGGUAUGCCGUGUGAAAAUGGUUGCAAUGGUUGCUACACAAUUAGCCAGAAUACAGAAGCUAACAUUUCCAUGAAAUUGGAUGGUAGUCAAUUCCAUAAAGUUCUAGCAGUCGAUGAUUUAUUCACAGUAUUUCAGAAUAAUCCAAAUGCGAGUUAUGUUUUGCAUGGUGGUAACACAGCACAUGGUGUAUAUCGAAUGAAGACACCAGAUAUAAGUAUUGAUAUUAACGACAUACCUGAUCUACGUAAUAUAACAAAAACUGACGACGCUUUGAUUAUUGGAGGAAAUAUUUCACUUACUGUAGCGAUGGAGACUUUUGAGAAAUAUUCAAAGGAACCAAAUUUCGAAUACUUGCAACACUUAGCCAAACAUAUCGAUUUAAUUGCUAGCGUCCCAGUAAGAAAUGUUGGAUCUGUAGCAGGAAAUUUAAUGAUCAAGCACACGCAUCGUGAAUUUCCAUCAGAUUUAUUUUUGAUAUUGGAAACUGCAGGAGCACAAGUGCAUAUAGUGGAAGCUGGUAGCAAAAAAACUAGCAUGAAUUUAUUGAACUUCCUAAACUUGGACAUGAAGCACAAAAUUAUAUACAGUAUAAUGUUGCCAGCUCUUGGCAAGGAAUACGAGUAUAGAUCUUACAAGAUAAUGCCACGAGCACAGAAUGCCCAUGCUCACGUGAAUGCGGGGUUCUUGUUUAAAUUAGACGGAGCUGGAAAAGUGCUCGAGAAACCAAACAUCAUAAUUGGUGGAAUAAACAAGGAUUUUCUGCAUGCAUUAGACACUGAAAACUUCUUGAUUGGGAAAUCCAUUUUAGACAAAAAAGUAAUUAAAGAUGCUUUGGAUAAAUUAGACAAUGAACUUCAUCCUGAUCAUAUCCUACCUGAUUAUUCUCCAAAAUUUAGAAAAACACUUGCGGAAGGUCUUUUCUUUAAGUAUAUUUUAAGUAUUAAGCCUGAGAAUGUGGAUCCAAAAGCGCGCAGUGGUGGAACUCUUUUGGAGCGUGGUUUAUCUUCAGGCAAACAGGACUUUGAUACUAAUAAGAAUUUAUGGCCUUUGAAUCAGCCUUUGCCAAAAUUGGAAUCCAUACAUCAAGCAUCUGGAGAAGCUCAAUACUCAAAUGAUAUUCCACCAUUGUCAGAUGAAGUUUUCUGUGCUUUUGUUCUUACCACAGUAGGGGCUGGGAAACUGGAUAAAAUAGAUGCUUCUGAAGCAUUGAAAAUGAAAGGAGUAAUUGCUUUUUAUACCGCCAAAGAUAUUCCUGGGAAAAAUGUAUUCAUACCAGGAAGUGCUCAAGAAAUAAUGUUGAAUUACGAUGAAGUACUGUUUGCGGAUAAAAAUAUCGAUUAUGCUGGGCAGCCAGUUGGAGUGAUCGCUGCGAUAAGUUACGCGAUUGCGAAUGAAGCAGCACAGAAGGUACACAUUUCCUACGUUGGCUUUACGCCUGAAAAACUAUUGUUAACAAUUGAAGAUGUGCUUGCAUCUAAAGACCAAUCCAGACUACUUCAAUCAGCUAACGUUGAAGCGACGAACAAAGGAAAUGAUGUGAAGCAUGUGGUAAAAGGAGAAUUUAGAUGUGGAGGGCAGUAUCAUUAUACUAUGGAGACUCAAACUUGUGUCUGUGUGCCAGUAGAAGAUGGUAUGGACAUUUAUCCAGCGUCUCAGUGGAUGGAUCUGAUACAAGUAGCCGUAGCCGAGCUUCUCAAUAUAAAAAAUAAUAGUAUUAAUAUAAAGGUGAGAAGAUUAGGAGGUGGCUAUGGUGCAAAGAUAAGCCGUGCCACUCAUGUUGCUUGUGCUUGUGCCUUAGUAUGCUACAAAUUAAAUCGACCAGCUAGAUUUGUUAUGUCAAUAGAAUCUAAUAUGCAAGCUAUGGGAAAGCGUUAUGAUACUCGUCAGGAGUAUGAAGUUGGUGUAGAUGAUGAUGGCCGCAUUCAAUAUUUAAAUGCAAAUUACUGGAGCAAUGCUGGUUGCAAUUUCAAUGAAUUCCAUGCACCUUUAGUUGCACAUCAUAUCAAUAGUUGUUAUGACUACUCAACCUGGACCCACAAAGGCUUUGAGGUUAAGACUGACCUGCCUUCCAACACUUACUGUCGAGCCCCAGGUUCGACAGAAGCUGUAGCUAUGAUAGAAAACAUAAUGGAGCACAUAGCAAAGACUAUUGGGAAAGACCCAUUGAUGGUUAGGUAUGCAAAUAUGCAUGAGGACCAUAAAGGUCCAUUGCAGUCUAUGAUAAAUGACCUAUGUCAAAACGCGGAUUACGAGACGAGAAAGAGAGCUGUAGAUUCUUUCAACAAUGAAAAUCGAUGGAAGAAAAAAGGAAUAUCUUUGAUACCCUUAAUGUAUCCUUUACAAAUAUGGGGACAAUUCCAUGCACUUGUAUCAAUUUAUGCUAGGGAUGGAACAGUUUCAGUUACUCAUGGAGGAAUUGAAUGUGGUCAGGGAGUUCAUACCAAGGUAGCUCAAGUAGCAGCACAUACUUUGGGUAUCGAUUUAUCAUUAGUUACUGUAAAACCAAGCAACAAUCUAACAUCUCCAAACAACCUUGUUACUGGCGGUAGCAUUACUAGCGAGACUUGCUCAUAUGCAACCAUGAUGGCUUGCAAAGAACUGGUAAAAAGACUUGAACCUAUAAAAAACGAGCUGAAAGACCCCUCAUGGCAAAAAUUAGUAAUGACAGCAUAUACGAAAGAUAUCGACUUGUGCGCCCGAUAUAUGUUUACUGCAAAAGAUGAUAUAAAAUCUUAUCCGAUAUACGCGGCAAGUAUUGCGGAAAUUGAACUGGAUUUAUUGACUGGACAGCACGUAUUACACAGAGUGGAUAUAAUUGAAGAUGUUGGGAGAAGUAUGAAUCCAGAAUUAGACUUAGGACAAGUGGAAGGCGGCUUUAUGAUGGGUCUCGGUUAUUGGACCUCCGAGGAUCUAGUUUAUGAUCCCAAAACUGGUCAGCUGACGAAUUAUAGAACCUGGAAUUAUAAGCCACCCGGCGCGAAAGACAUCCCUAUCGAUUUACGAGUUUAUUUCCGUAGAAAUAAUCCUAAUUCGUUAAGCGUUCUUCGUUCAAAAGCUACUGGUGAACCACCAUUAUGUACAAGUUAUAGCGUACUUAUUGCAAUUCAAAAUGCGCUUAAGUCAGCAAGAGAAGAUGCUGGGAACAAAGAUCCUUGGAACAGAUUAGAUGGUCCUGUUACUACCGAGAAAAUUCUAUUGAAUAGCUUAACCAGCAAAGAGCAAAUGAUAUUUUGAGAUAAAAAUUUAUUUUUGAAUAAAAGACAUACUUUUGUUAUUCCUAAUCCACUUUUAAUAAUCAUAUAUCAUUACAUACAGUUAUUUAAAAUAAAGAAAUGUAAAAAUAUAAA